AUGGAGGAAGGCUAUGAACUUGACCUCACUUAUAUCACAGAGCGAAUCAUCGCGGUAUCCUUCCCUGCUAGCUGUUCUGAGGAAACUUACCUCCACAAUCUACACGAUGUAACCCGAAUGCUGAAGUCCAAACAUGGGGAUAAUUACUUGGUGUUAAACCUCUCUGAAAAGAGAUAUGACCUUGCCAAGCUUAACCCAAAGAUUAUGGAUGUGGGGUGGCCCGAUCUCCAUGCUCCGCCUCUCGAUAAGGUGUGCACCAUCUGCAAGGCUAUGGAGUCAUGGCUGAACAACGAUCCUCAACACGUGGUGGUGAUCCAUUGCAGAGGAGGAAAAGGAAGGAUAGGUGUAGUCAUAUCAUCAUAUAUGCACUUCACCAAUGUUUCUGCAAGUGCUGAUCAGGCUCUAGACAGAUUUGCUAUGAAGAAAUUCUUUGAUGAUAAAGUUUCAGCUUUAAUGCAGCCAUCCCAAAGAAGAUAUGUGCAAUUCUUAAGUGGUCUUCUAUCUGGAUCUGUGAAAAUGAAUGCAACCCCUCUUUUCCUGCACUAUGUUAUCCUUCAUGGCAUCCCAAGCUUCGAUGCUGGGGGAGCUUGCCGGCCUUUUCUGAAGUUAUACCAGGCUAUGCAACCAGUGUAUACAUCUGGAAUAUAUAGCAUAGGGCCAGAGAAUCAAAGCCGAAUCUGCAUUGCUAUAGACCCUGCCCAGCUUUUGAAGGGAGAUAUUAUGCUGAAGUGUUAUCACAAAAAAUACCGGUCAGCUACUCGUGAUGUGGUUUUUCGCCUUCAGUUUCACACUGGGGCUAUUCAAGGACAUGGCCUGGUGUUUGGCAAAGAGGACUUGGACAAUGCCAACAAAGAUGACCGUUUCCCUGAUUAUGGCAAAGUGGAAUUAGUGUUUUCAGGAACUCCAGAGAAAAUUCAAGGAUGUGAACACCUGCAGAAUGACCACGGUGUGAUAGUUGAUUACAAUACCUCAGACCCACUAAUACGCUGGGAUUCCUAUGAAAAUGUGAGCCCUGAUGGGGAAGUGCUGCACACCCAAGGUCCCAUUGACGGCAGUCUGUAUGCGAAAGUGAGAAAGAAGAGCUCUUCAGACAGCAGCAUCCCUGGUGUUUCUCAGAGUGUUGCUGUGGCUGGUAGUCCUGAUCACAGUGAUCAUACCCUGUCUGUCAGCAGUGAUUCAGGACACUCAACAGCUUCCGUCCGGACGGACAAGACUGAGGAGCGCCUUGUGUCAGGAGUCAAACGAGGUCUGAGUCCACAAGAGAAGGCAGAACUGGACCAGCUACUUAGUGGCUUUGGUCUGGAGGAUUCUGUCAACACCACCAAGGCUAUGACUGAUGCUCGAAGCAAGUACAGUGGAACUCGCCACGUAGUGCCAGCUCAGGUUCAUGUGAAUGGAGACACCAAACUGAAGGACAGGGAGACUGAUAUUCUGGAUGACGAAAUGCCUAAUCAUGACCUUCACAGUGUGGACAGUAUUGGGACUUUGUCUUCCUCAGAAGGGCAGCACUCCACCCACCUAGGGAACUUUAGUUGCCACAAGAGCAGUCAGAACUCGCUUCUUUCAGAUGGCUUUGGGAGUAACACUGGGGAAGAACAUCACAAUGCUUUUGCCCCAGACCUGGGAAUUGGUGUGGAUCCACUUUACGAGAGAUCAUUUGGCAGCACUGAGCCAAAGUCAACUCAGCAAUUGCAACGGAAUCCUUCUGUUUCACCCCAGCCUCAAGCCUAUAGCCCAAGUAAUUACUCCACUAGCCCAAGUAAUUACUCCACUCAGACCUGGGUACGCCAGCAGCAGAUGGUCACUGCUCACCAGUAUGGUUUUACACCAGAGAAUGAAAUGAGGGUUGGCAUUCAUAACACUGAGAAUUCAGCCAGUGUCCAGAGCCAGUCCCGAGUCCCGGACACCCCAACACGUGGCUCCAGCAGCAGAGACGCUGUGCAGAGGGGGCUAGGAAGCGUGCCAGGUGCGGCUGAAGCUGCAGAACAUGCCAGUGCCGAGAGUUUUAAGUCAAGGCCAGUGCCUCAGAGGGACACAAAUGGUCUGGAUCUAGGACAGAAUGCAGGGGACUUGCCAGCUUCUCCAACUUUGGAUAUUGAUCAGUCCAUUGAACAACUGAACAGGCUGAUCUUGGAAUUGGACCCUACAUUUGAACCUAUCCCGACCCGCAUUAACACUGUCAACAGGGACAGAAAUCAAGUAAAUGGCUUCACCAGCCUUGAUGUAGAUGUGGAAGGGCUUGGCAGGGGUCUGGGCUUCCAUGACAAAUUAGAGGUCACGAACAGGAAUCCCUCCUGGCAUGGUACACAAGAUGAUGACACAACGGGGGGAAGGAUCAGAAAGUUAAGCGUUGGGCAGUAUGACAACGAUGUCCCUGGGCAGCCGCUGUACAACAGGGGUGGAUGGAUGAAGUCUCCUGCUGCUGACCAGGCUGUAAAUCCAGGAUCACCAGUUCCUGCAGGGGGGACCAAGGAGAUGGCUCUUGCACAUUACCAAGAUGAAAUAGAUGGGGGAAUCUUCUCCCCAGUGAAAAAUGGAAAUGAAGCUGUCCAAUCCACACCAGCUUUCCCCCUGUCACCAGAAACAUCAUAUGACAAAACACCUCCACUAUACCAUCAGCGGAUUCCCUCCAGCCAAAAGGUUGGCAGCCCAUCUGAGCUGUACAGAACCAGUCCUGAAUCUCGAAGUUACCCGGAAGCCAUUAACCACUCUGUGGUGAUGUCUGACAGCACUGUGGGCACUAACCCUGCUUUGCUGAAGGCCAACGUGCAGAUGGAUCCCUCCUUUCAGCGAUGUUUUGCAUCUUCAUGUGCUGUUUCAAGUAACAGCCCUAUCUCGGGGGGAGAAAGCUCUUCUGCAACAGAACGUCCUUGGCUUGAAAACAGCCCUAAAGCUUCCCCGUCGCUCCAGCUUUCAAUGGGAAACAGCAGGCUGCCGGGAGGUUACCUUGUGCCCUCUGAAUUUUCAAAUGCCAUGCAAGAUGUCUCUCUCUUGUCUCAUUUCCAAACUCCAGGACUGCAAGUCGUCACCCUGGGCAACCUGGAGAAUUCAGCAGCAGAGCCACAGCAAGAACCUGCUGUCAGCAACAGUACACGGGCCUACCUGAGCUACAGCGGGGGCAACAUGGGCAGUGGCUCCCCCCGCGAGGAGAAACAAGCUCCUUUCAUAGCCAAUGCUAGCAUCUCUCCUAAAACCAUGAGCUCAUCAGUGGCAAGUGCCGCGGACAAUGGCUUUUUGACACAGAACUUUCUUACGGUGGCCUCUGGACACAGUAGCCAGAACAGUGUGGGUCAGCACAAGAAAAAGAGGUCCUCUGAAGGAGACCGUUCCUUUGCCUCUGUGUCACCUUCUUCAAGUGGAUUCUCUAGCCCCCACAGUGGAAGCACAAUCAGCAUCCCUUUCCCAAACGUCCUCCCAGAUUUCUCAAAAAUGUUAAGCACUUCCCCAGUGCCAGAAAACACAACUGAUAAACAUGUGACUGUAAAAUUUGUCCAGGACACAUCCAAAUUCUGGUAUAAACCAGAUAUUUCAAGAGAACAAGCCAUUGCUGUUCUCAAGGACAAGGAGCCUGGGUCAUUCAUUGUUCGAGACAGUCAUUCUUUCCGGGGAGCCUAUGGGCUAGCAAUGAAAGUUGCUACACCACCUCCUUCUGUGCUGCAAUUAAACAAGAAAGUUGGAGAUCUGUCAAACGAACUUGUAAGGCAUUUUCUGAUUGAAUGCACUCACAAGGGGGUGCGCUUGAAAGGAUGCCCAAAUGAACCGUAUUUUGGGAGUUUGACAGCUCUGGUGUAUCAGCAUUCCAUCACUCCCCUGGCAUUGCCCUGCAAGCUCCUCAUCCCAGACAGAGAUCCCUUGGACGAGAUAGCAGAAACUUCUCCACAAACUGCUGCAAACUCAGCAGCGGAGCUGCUCAAACAGGGUGCAGCAUGUAAUGUCUGGUACCUGAAUUCAGUGGAGAUGGAGUCCCUUACGGGCUACCAGGCAGUACAGAAAGCCUUGAGCCUGACACUGAUGCAAGAUCCUUCUCCCAUCUCAACCGUUGUCCACUUCAAGGUGUCUGCGCAGGGAAUCACGCUGACAGAUAAUCAAAGAAAACUCUUUUUUCGGCGACAUUAUCCAGUCAACACUGUUAUUUUCUGUGCCUUGGAUCCACAGGAUAGAAAAUGGAUGAAAGAUGGCCUUUCUGCAAAAGUAUUUGGGUUCGUUGCCAGGAAGCAAGGCAGUGCCACAGACAACGUGUGCCACCUGUUUGCAGAGCACGAUCCAGAGCAACCUGCCAGCGCCAUUGUGAACUUUGUGUCAAAGGUCAUGAUCGGAUCCCAGAAGAAGAUCUGA